AUGCAGAGGUAUAAUGAUCACAUGAACGAUCAGCAGAAAGUGGAGAGAGGUGAGUGCAUCACAGUGCAGCUCACUGACCCAUAUUCUCUCAUUGUAAGACCCCCUCCCCAUAGUCAGUCCCAGCAGGUGACUCACCUAAUGCCUGAGCAGCAUAUGUCCCAACUGGAAGCCCACCACCAUUGUGCCACUGCACCCAGAGAAGGUUGUGAGGCAAUGUAGGUAGUUGGGGGCACAGGUGUAGUGGAACUGUGUACUUGGGGAUGCAUCCAAGUACAGUGGAGCUUGUCACGACUAGUCACAUGCUUUCCACCUACAGAAUUAUGCUUUUCCCGCAUUCCCUUUCAUGUUAUGAUGGUCGCGUUAUGAUGGUCAUAAAGAGAAUCAUAGAAUCAUUGCGAAAGAUAACGUGAAAUUGGAAUGCUAUUGUUUUGGGUUCCAUUGAGAAUGGAUUGGUUUUGUGGAUUCGUAAAGUAGCCUAAACUGGAUUGGUAAAGUAAAAAAAAAAAUGUAAUCAAUGCAAAUCGCCAAUUUAUGAAAUAAUAAAUGAGGUAAAAUGUGUUUUAGAUUGGAUAUUCGGUGGAUAUUCCGUUUUCUCUCCUCAAUACCUAUUGAACAAAGGAUGCCAUGACUAUGAAGAUGGUUUAUUAUAUACAGUGCAUGCGGAAAGUAUUCAGACCCAUUUACUUUUUCCACAUUUUGUUACAUUACAGCCUUAUUCUAAAAUUGAUUAAAAUAAAAAAAUGUCCUCAUCAAUCUACACACAAUACCCCAUAAUGACGAAGUGAAAACCUUUUUUUUUUUUUUUUUUGUCCACCUGUGGUAAAUUCAGUUGAUUGGACAUGAUUUGGAAAGGCACACACCUGUCUAUAUAAGGUCCCACAGUUGACAGUGCAUGUCAGAGCAAAAACCAAGCCAUGAGGUCGAAGUAAUUGUCUGUAGAGCUCCGAGACCGGAUUGUGUCGAGGCAAAGAUCUGGGGAAGCGUACCAAAAAAUGUCUGAAGCGUUGAAGGUCCCCAAAAACACAGUGGCCUCCAUCAUUCUUAAAUGGAAGAAGCUUGGAACCACCAAGACUCUUCCUAGACCUGGCUGCCCUGCCAAACUGAGCAAUCGGGGGAGAAGGGCCUUGGUCAGGGAGGUGACCAAGAACCCGAUGGUCACUCUGACAGAGCUCCAGAGUUCCUCUGUGGAGAUGGGAGAACCUUCCAGAAGGACAACCAUCUCUGCAGCACUCCACCAAUCAGGCCUUAUGGUAGAGUGGCCAGACGAAAGCCACUCCUCAGUUAAAGGCACAUGACAGCCCACUUGGAGUUUGCCAAAAGGCACCUAUAGGACUCUCAGACCAUGAGAAACAAGAUUAUCUGGUCUGAUGAAACCAAGAUUGAACUCUUUGGCCUGAAUGCCAAGCAUCACGUCUGAAGGAAGCCUGGCACCAUCCCUACGGUGAAGCAUGGUGGUGGCAGCAUCAUGCUGUGGGGAUGUUUUUCAGCGACAGGGACUGGGAGACUAGUCAGGAUCGAGGGAAACAUGAACGGAGCAAAGUACACAGAGCUUCUUGAUGAAAACCUGCUCCAGAGCGUUCAGGACCUCAGACUUGGACGAAGGUUCACCUUCCAACAGGACAACAACCCUAAGCACACAGCCAAAAAAAGGCAGGAGUGGCUUCGGGACAAGUCUCUGAAUGUCUUUGAGUGGCCCAGCCAGAGCCUGGACUUGAACAUCUCUGGAGAGACCUGAAAAAAGCUGUGCAGCGACGCUCCCCAUCCAACCUGACAGAGCUUGAGAGGAUGUGCAGAGAAGAAUGGGUGAAACUUCCCAAAUACAGGUGUGCCAAGCUUGUAGCGUCAGGCUGUAAUCGCUGCCAAAGGUGCUUCAACAAGGUACUGACUAAAUGGUCUGAAUACUUAUGUAAAUGUGAUAUUUCCAUUUUUUAUUUGUAAUACAUUUGCAAAAACUUCUACAAACCUGUUUUUGUAUUGUGUGUAGAUUGCUGAGAAAAAAAUACUAUUUAAUCCAUUUUAGAAUAAGGUUGUAACGUAAAUAAUGUGGAAAAUUCAAGGGGUCUGAAUACUUUCCGAAAGCACUCAACGUAUUAUUUGGGUGGGAAAUAGAUUUUUUUAUUUUCCAUCCUCCACUGAUUCAGAAUAUAUCAUUUUCAUAGUCAUGGCACGCUUUGUGUAAGAGCUAUUGAAGAUUGAAAGCCCCCCCAAAAUAUAUAUAUUUUUUAAAUAAGCAGUGCAUUUUAGUCCAUCCUCUCCAGAUUCAGAAUAUAUCAUUUUCAUAAUCAUAGCACAUUUUAUGUAAGCGCUAUUGAAGAUUGAAAGCCCAAAAAAUAUAUAAUAAAUAAACGUUUAAAAAAAGCCUGUGGAUUUUUGUCCAUCCUCCCCAGAUUCAGAAUAGAUCAUUUUCAUAAUCAUAGCACAUUUUAUGUAAGAGCUAUUGAAGAUUGAAAGCUGACAAAAAUAUAUACAAAAAUUUCAACAACAACAAAAAGCUGUGGAUAUUUGUCCAUCCUCCCCCAAUUCAGAAUGUCAUUUUCAUAGGCAUGGCACGCUGUGUGUAAGAGCUACUAAAGAUUGAAAGUCGCAGAGAAUUAUAUGACAUUUCUAAAAUAAAAACGCUGUGGAUAUUUGUCCAUCCUCCCUGAUUCAGAAUAUGUAAUUUUCAUAGUGAUGGUAUUUUAGAUUCAAAUCUAAAUGUCCCCCCCCAAAAAGCUGUGUUUUUUUUGUCCAUCCUCCCCUUAUUCAGAAUAUAUCAUUAUCAUAGUCAUGGCAUGCUUGGUUCAAUAGCUAUUGAUGAGAGAGAACCGAAUAUCCAAUAUGAAACCAAUUUUACCUUGGUGAAAUUAAACAACAGUGACAGAUCUGUUUAAUACAUCUGCGACAACAAUUUUGUUUUUAAAUGUGUGGAUUUCAUAUAACUUGUUGCUAGGCUAUUAUAUGAUCUACAUGGUUUACUCAGCAAAUAUUAACAGGCAACAUAGCCUAUGACGUCAUGAAAUAUGAAUAGUUUAGAAGGGUGCAAUUGCGGCACGCAAUUCGGGGCGUUCCUGUAUGUGGGCAUUCCUGCAUUUGCAGGAACCCCACUUUAUACUUCUAUUGGUCCAUUUUUAAACAGACUGGCGGUAAUGCACAAUAACAUUGGAUGCCAACCGGUUCCUUUGCCCCCGCUUGUAGGGCACUGUUUUCCUGCUGUUCUGUUAACAACAGCGAGGGUAGGUAUUAGGCAAGCAGGAGCGAAGGACACUGUGUGCUAGUAGGCAGGAUUGGUAGCUCGCUAGCAGCACACCGGUAGAUGUGCAGAUGAUGGCUGAGAAACUGUGUAAUCGUGUCUGUUGUAUUUUGUUGCCAAAACAACAGAACAUCAGUGGUGACUGAUAACUCUUGUCAAUAAGUACUUAGACUAUGUUAUCCUGCUGUUUUGUGGGUGGCCAUAAUUGAGGGAUGCUUUUGGAAAUGUUGCUGAUGGUCUUACAUUUACAUUUUAGUCAUUUAGCAGACGCUCUUAUCCAGAGUGACUUACAGUUAGUGAGUGCAUACAUUUUUCAUACUGGCCCCCUGCGGGAAACAAACCCACAACCCUGGCGUUGCAAGCUCCAUGCUCUACCAACUGAGCUACAGGAGGUCUUGACCACAGAUAGCCUGCUGUAGUUAUGUGCUGGCAUUAGGCCUGUAGGCACUAACCUGUGGGGGUUAGUCGAGACACUUUUGCAACAAUAAAGUUUUACAACCUGUUCUCUGAAGAUGACCAGAAGAAUGGUCAUUGAUUUGGUUGAUACAUGCUUUAUGGUUGAGAUGUUAAAAUGGACAGGAAAAUAAUGGAUUGAUAUUAAUAGAAUAUAAAAGGUCUUGCAGAAAAAAGCAAUUGAUUACAUUUUAUGAAUUCCUUCAACAUUAAUUUGUUCAAUCUGUGCUAUUCAGUGCAACCCAGAGUUCUGAAUCCCAGUGCAGUACAAUGCAGCUAUGUUUGAACAAGGAGAGCAUUGACCACACUCAGAUUAACAAUUAGCUCUGGACAGUCCCUCCUCUCAUAUAGCGAAGCCUUAGCUCAGCUUAACCAGGCAAUGAGUUUUGCUGGUGUUAUAUGAGAGUCCUCUAGACUGCACAAGGUUAGGGCUGAACAAGGGUGCCUAGUACUACCAUCAUGCUUAUGCAUUUCUCUCUCCCCCACUCUCAGUUUUACACUUCCAAACCAGUCUGAUCAUACAUUCUCCCAUAGCUGCAAUUGAACAUGGACAUGCUUCUUGCACACAUACUCUCCUACCCCCCCCCCAGUGCCAGGGCUACCACGCUCACACCCUACCCCUGCCCCGCAGAGCCCUGGCUGUCUUCAGACCCAGGUGAGUAACAGACAGGAGGAGUGAGGGAGGAAAGAGACACACAGGUGAGAGACAGGCAUAGUGAGACAGAGACACUAGUGGGAGGGACCCUGGUAUAGAUUGAUGUGUGUGAGUAUUCCGGGUUAGCUGAGAGCUACAGGGUCCCACAUGGGGGGGGGGGGGGGGGGGGGAGUGGUACACUGACCCCAACCCCCACCACCACCACCACCGUAUGACACACAACUGUUACAUACAAACACACUGGGUGGGGCAUCGUGGCAGCAAUAAAUGAUUGGAUUAAUGCUUGGGUAAGUCUCAAUAAUUUCUCUAUGCGUGCCAUGUGCGUGUGCUGCUGUGUGUGUCUGUGUUUGUGCUCUACCCGUGGUUCUGAUAUGUGUGUGUUUGUUUUGCCUGCAGUGUCUACAGCAGCCCUCAGGGAUAUAAGACUACCACAGUGGACAAACCUCACAUGCUCAGAGCCACUAUCAGAUCCCGCCCCUCGGACUCCAACCAGUCUGGCCAGCAGCAGAGCCAGGACCAGCACCAGAGUCAGCCUUUCCAGCACCAGCAGCAGCGCAGACCAAACCAGCAGCAGCACCAGCCAAGCCUCAGCCCCAAGCUUCUCUACCAACCAAGCCUUCGUCCCAAGCCGGUCUACCAGCCAAGCCUCAGUCCCACUCCUGUCUAUAGGAGACUCAUAACCUGGCAGCACAAGGACAACACCAAUACAGACAGCAACACCAUCAAGACCAACAACAGCUCUCACAGUAACAGCAUCAAGAGGUGAGUUUGAGCGUGAGAGAGAGACAGAAAGUUAUUCUAUAUUAUUGCAGUUGUAUAGUGCAUGUAUCAAGUACUUACUUCAUUAAUAUGUAAUUUGAUUAUAGUUCUAUAAUGUUUAGAGAAAAGGGUAUGUGAUCUGAGUUGACAGAGGAAGGUUCCAAGAGGAUUUCUAUUGAGUUGAUCCAAACAGGAUUUGCAGCGUGUUGAGAAUGAUUAUUGAUUACUGAGUACCACUCUGUAAUCAGACAGGUGGACAUGACGUCCCAGAACGUGUUUGGUCAGCCACGUGUCCUGGCCUCGCUGCGGGGACCUCCCUCUCCGCGACAGACCCGCAAGACAACAAAUCUAGAGGAGGAACUGAGGAGGCUCAUCAUACCGGACAACACAUCAGAGGACUCAGGGAGGGAUGCAGUAAGUUAGACACACACCUAGACACACAUCACAGAUGCACAGGUGUUAAAUAUUGUUCUAACAUACUCAAAUUCAAUAUGAGUACGAACCUUAAAGGUCCAAUGCAGUCAAAAACGUGAUUUUCCUGUGUUUUAUAUAUAUUUCCACACUAUGAGGUUGGAAUAAUACUGUGAAAUUGUGAAAAUGAUGAUAAUGGCCUUUUAGUGUAAGAGCUGUUUGAAAAGAACACCUGAAAUUUCAGCCUGUUUUGUGUGAAGGAAUUUUGGCCUGCCUGGUGUCAUCACCAGGCGGUAAAUUAGUUAAUUGACCAAUAAGAAAGAGAGUUCCAAACCUCUCUGCCAGCUAGUUUUCCGUUUUUCCAUUCCACUUAGACCACUCCCAGACAGUCCUAGCAAAAUUAUUGCUUGAGAAAUUGCUCUUUGCUAAGAAGCUAUUUUCAUUUCAUUUUGACCAUUUUAAUUGAAAACAAUCACAGUAAGGUACUUAAUUGUUACCCAGAAAUUAUUUGAUAUUGAGAUAAAAACCGCUGCAUUGGACCUUUAAAGUUCAAGAAUGUUCAUUUACACAUUUGACUGACCACAGCCCCUGUUCCUCCUGUCCUCUAGUACUGCCGUCAUAGCCUCUCUACAGAGAUCAGUCUAGACAGUGGUCCCCUGGACUAUAGUCUUGCCUGUUCCCCAGUGUCUGACUGCCCAGGGUUGGUGGGGCUGGAGGACCUGUCUGCCUCUGAGCUGUCCCUGACAGAGGGCUGGGACUCUGGGCACAUCCCCCUACCGGACCCUGCCGGGAGCCUGGAGUGGAGCAACCUAGUCAACGCUGCCAAGGCCUAUGAG